UUAACGAAAAAGCAGUUAACUUUGUAACAUUACUAUCAUGUAUGUCUGGUGACCACCCUGAGGCUAUUGCUAGCUACAAGUAUUUUACCAUUUUAGGCUUGAAAGAUUACAAAACUAGUUUGAACUUUUUAAAAUCCAAGUCUAGAAAGCUUUGAAAGCUAUACAUGAAGCCCAGGAUUGUAUGCUGUUGUCUGUUAUUCUCUCUGCUUAAUGUGAAACAAAGGAAUACAAGAAGAGACUACUGUGAUUAUCAGAUAUGGGGGCCUUGAUAUCCCGAUGGAAGACAAAGCCCACCACAGUUGAGCAGCUGGAGAACCAUGACAAGGAGAUUAAAGAGCUGGAGGACUUCAGAGCCAAAAACCAACGUUUACAAAAGCUGUGGGUCGGCCGGCUGCUGCUCUACUCGUCGGUCCUGUACCUGUUGAUCUCUCUGGUCGUGUACUGUCUCUACCUACCUGAACAAUGGUUGCAGAGACUAGUCAUGGCUAUGCCCUUCUUCUUGUACCCUGUGCUGGUGUGGUUCAUCAGGAAGUUGUUGGUUUUUCUUUUUUCCAAACGCACUGAGAGAAACAAUGAUAAACUUGAAGAUUUAAAGGCUUCCAAAAAGAAGAUACUGGAAGAAGUGAUGGAAACAGAGACGUACAAAAACGCCAAACUCAUCCUGGAACGAUUUGAUCCCGAUGCUAAGAAAAAAGCUGAGCUGGAGUCAACUCCGAUGCGUCCUCAGAUGACUCCCAGGCCAGGGCAAGAGCUUCGACAGAGAGGGGUAACAAUGAGACCCAUGCCGAUGAUGGGAACCCCGGUUGCCAUGGUAAUGACUCCACCACCUGGAGCACGGCUCCAAUUGGGACCAGGGGGCACACCUGUGGAACAUGUCCCUCUCUCAGCUCCAGGAGGACCACCGGAGAGAUCUGCUCUGUCUGCCUCUGUCCUCCAUGGUGCACUCCCCAGGACCCCCUGCUCUCCUAUACCAGGAGUAGGCAUGCACCCACCCGGUCCUCCAUUAGCAAGACCCAUUCUGCCCAAAGACAGGGGAGCCAUGGACCGAGUCAUUGAAUACCUGGUAGGGGACGGACCACAGAACAGAUACGCUUUGGUCUGCCAACAGUGUUUUUGCCAUAACGGCAUGGCUCUGAAAGAAGAGUUUGAAUAUCUAGCGUUCCGUUGUGCGUAUUGCUACUUCCUGAAUCCGGCCAGGAAGACACGCCCUCAGGCUCCCAGGCUCCCAGAGUUCAGCUAUGAGAGGAGGCUGCGAGCAGAAUCACCUUCCCCUGGACCAACGCCACGUUCUGGGACAGACGCAGAAGAGAGCGCGCCCCCUUCUGGAGCCAAGGCUCCGGCUCCGUGGAAUUUGGUCCACAGUUUCCAGAUCCAGCCGAGUCCAAAGAACCCUCAGACCCCACCUCUGCAGAGUCCAGAUGAGAGAGAGUCGGGGGCAGACGAAAGACCCACUAAAGAAGAAGAGAGUGAGAGCCAAUCAGAGGAUCAGCAGCCGCAGCAGCAGCAGCAGCAGCAGCAGGAGGAGGAGGUGGGGGAGGAGAAGGAAGGAGCAGAAGUGGUUCAGGAGGAGGAAGAGGUGGAAGCCGAGUCACAGCGCCCCCUGUGAGACAGAGUCUCAGCCGUCGUAGUUGCAGAGCGUCCAGAGGAGGACCAGGGACGCCGGAUCAUUCGGUCCAAACAAAAGGUGUUAUUGGCCGUGACAGACAGGUGGCAUUUUACAGCAAUAUACGUGGACACGGAUUGUCAUCAUCAGUAGUUUAAUGAUAUAUACAUUUACGCAGCACGCUGGAGUUUCAGCUUCUGUCUCAAUUCCACUUUGCAUUGUUCCCCCUCAAAACACCGUCUCACUAAAACAAAGCACACAGAGGAGAUUAUGUAGAGGAUGUGUUUCGUAAUGAAAAGCAUACGUUAUAGUAAAACUGUCCAUCGAUAUUGGCUGAAAGGAUGCCCCUGACUGUGAUUGGCUCACUGAAGGUGUCAGAUUGAUGAUUGUAGUUUUAAUCUUAAGGCUGUUUCUCCACCGAGCGGUCGGCUGCUGACGGUGCUCUACAUGUGGUGGCUGACGUAGUUCUAUCAUUUACUCUAUAAGGUUCUUUUAGGUUUGAAGUAGUCGGCUGCUGUAUGAGUUGUUAAUGAAAAGUUAUGUUGGAUACAAACAGCUGGCUCACGACAGGUUUGUCCUCCAGCAAAAAUGUAAACAUGCUUAAAUCUUAAUUUCUUCACUGACCCAACUCGGCGUGGCGUCUGUAUCUAUAGAUCAACAUCACAGUUAACUAUGAUGCACAUUUAGUACCUGUGUGUGCAAAGUGCAUCUGAAGACAAACCUGCGGUGAAUCACUAACUGUUCACGGUAUGCUCUUAAGUUUCAAGGUACUGCUAUAGCUUUCUUCUUCUCCUCUUUUUAAUCCCCCACACGAGCUCUUAGUCUACAAUAAUCUUGGUGUUUUACCCAGAGACACGUGUACACAUUUUAUCCUGCUCAAUUUUAUGUUUUUUUUAAAUGCUUUUUUAGCAGCAGACAUGAGGUCUCUGAGAUACGAAGGAAUAAGAUAUGAAAUGUUUCCAAAGAAGUGAAGCACACAAACAGAAAGCAGCUGCUGCAACCCUGAAGCCUAAAGCCUGACUGUUGUGACCGUUCUGCCUUUGUUGGAGAGGAAGUAACAUGAAGUCUAACUUUCUUCACAGGCCAACUUCUCCCAGCAACUUAUUAUUAUUAUUAUUAUUAUUAUUAUUAUUAUCAUUAUCAUUAUCAUUAUUAUUAUUAUUAUUAUUAUUAUUAUUAUUAUUAUUAUUAUUAUCAGUGUUGAUGAGCAACAAUAAAGCAGCUUCUGAAUAAACUGAACCUUUCAAACAUUUUGAAGGUGAAAUGAGCAGACUGGUGAUUGACAGCAUCGUUAUAAUAGGAAUAUCAUUUGCCAAUUAUAUUUCCUGACUUGAUUUGCACUGAGUUUCUCUUUUGUAUUUAUUUGGCCAUAUUGUGUUUUAAUCUCUCCAGGUAUUGCUGCACUGUUUGGUUUGAAAUAUUUAGAGAUGUAAUCUUCAAUUUAACCACUAUUGAAAGGUUUAGGUUUGUAUAAAUACUUUGUUCCUUUGUUUCUUCCUUUUGCUCAUUUGAAUUGUUUUUAACGUGUGCACUGUGUAGACACAGGGUGUGUGUGCCCUGGGUGUGUGUGCCCUGGUUGUGUGUGCCCUG